CUCUUGGUAGUUCGCCGCCGAACAUUGGUGUCAGCUGGAAGACUCCGUCAGAUGGUGUCGUGAAUCCUGUAAAAUCACAUCGAUCAGUGCGCGACGAGGAUAGUCAAGAUGAGCGGUGGUAUGCCAGAGCUGGGCUCGAAGAUCAGUUUGAUCUCGAAGGCAGAUAUCCGUUAUGAAGGCCGCUUGUUCACCGUCGAUCCACAGGAAUGCACGAUCGCCCUGGCCAACGUGCGUUCCUUUGGUACCGAGGAUCGGGAAACUCAACUUCCGGUGGCACCACAAAAUCAGGUGUAUGAAUAUAUUCUGUUUCGUGGGUCUGAUAUCAAAGAUAUCAGAGUUGUCAACAAUGUCAGUUCCAUUCCCAAUGAUCCAGCUAUUGUGCAGAUGACAGUGCAGCCAUCUAUGGGUCAGCAGUCGUAUCAACCACAGCCGUAUCAAGCUCAUCCGAUGAUGGGCCAGAUGGGCCCGAUGGGCGGCCAGUAUGGAGCUCCAUACGGCAUGGGUAUGGGAGCUAUGGGUCCGGUAAUGGGAAUGCCGGCUGCAACUAGAGAUCCCCGUGGAGCACUGAAUAAACAGCCAAGUGUAUUAGAUCUUAUCAGUGGUGGUUCUCGUUCAACCACUCCUACAUCAUCUUUAUUGACGAGGAAAAGCCCAACAAUGGAUCAAGGAAUUCAGGUAGGACAUGAUCAACAAUCACAGCAGAGCAGUAACAUGGGAAAAUUGAAUGACAAGUCAAACAUCAGGACCGUCCAACCGCCUCGUCGAGAUCAUGACAGUCACGGAGGUCCUAAGACAGGCAUGUCUCAGUACAAUGAUAAGAGGGACAUGAUGAAACAGGACGGUCAGAAUCAAGGUCACAUGCAAGGUGGCAACCAUCGAGGCAAUCGCGGUGGUUGGGUGAAUCGUGGCAACAUGAGAGGCAGAGGAGGCAGAGGACGCGGUGGUUUUCGUACAAAUCAAGCAGGCAACGCUGGUGCCAAGCCUAAGAAUACACUGAAGUUUGAUAACGACUAUGAUUUCGAACAAGCCAAUACUGAGUUCGAGGAGUUGAGAUCGAAAUUGGCAAAGACGAAAAUCGACGGUACCGAUAAUGAAAAGAAAGACGACAGCGGGAACGAAACGGGCGCGGGCGAAGGUGAACCUGAAGAGGAACCAGAAAUCGUUCACUACGAUAAAUCGAAAUCAUUCUUUGAUAAUAUUAGUUGUGAAGCUGUGGAAAGGAGUAAAGGGCGAUUCCAACGUACGGAUUGGAGAACAGAGCGUAAACUAAAUUCAGAAACGUUCGGCGUGGCUUCCACAAGACGCGGAGGAUUCCGCGGUCGUGGUUAUUACAAUCGCGGUAUGGGCGGAGGUAUGUACAGAGGCAGCGGCGGCGGCGGCAACUCCGGUUUCCGCGGCGGUUAUCGAGGGCCUAGCAGGGGCGGUAAUCGCAAGCCUGGUAAUCAAUUACAGAGUAAUACAGGAAGUCAAAAUCGCGCGACCAACGAACAGUCUGUCUCUCAGUCGCAGGCGAACGUUAUCUAAAUAAAAAGAGAAUGUAAUUUGUCACCGGUACGGCGUAAAAAAAAAAGUAUAAAUAAUGCCGGGGAGAAUGAGCGAUGCUAUAUAUAAGUAUUCAACUAUAGAUUAAGAUUUUUACGAUAUGUGCUCUACCGUUACGGACUGAUUUGGGUUAAACUUUGGCAAUCGAAUCGGACGGAGAUAUACGCGGUUGGAUUAAAUAUAGAUUAUAUAACGGAGCGCGUUUGCAAUCGCCGAACCGGUGGUUACGUGUGGGGUUAAGUGACAAAAAUCGCACAUGUGGACGUUGCUGGCGCAUAUGACUCUUUGCAUCGAUAUUUUGCGGCUAGAUGAUCGAAGAAGGUACUUUUAGAAAAAUUUUCUUACCGCUUAGUCGACAAUGAUCACGAUGAGUUGGCGUUAAAAAAAUAAUAUAUAAAAUUUCUUUCGCAUCAGGAAAGCGAAGUCAAUUACAAGUAGAACAUUGUUCCUUGUUCUUCUUUUUUAAAUUGAUACUUAUUUGUGCAUUCAGAUAUGAAUUUGAGAAAGAAAAUUACCUGUGGAAGAAUUAGUUGUAAGUUUUAUUGGAAAUAUAUAUGUCUAAUUGAAGUCUUAAUGGAAUAAUCUGAAUCACAUUAAACGAGUCGUGUGUCUGUGUGUAGUUAAAGAAAAAUUGUACAAUUCUAUCGUGAUCAUUCUUCAGUUCAGGUUUUCUCAAGACUUGACUUAUAAAUAAUAAUGGAAUGGCUUUAUGAUGAUGGUGACUUGAUGAUACUGGUCGUUAGGGAAUAGCUGGUUUGUAUCCGUAUAUCGGAAGUGAAUGGUAAAAUAGACGUGCAUAAAAGUACUUUCUCGUCAAAGUAUGUAAAAAUCGAUUGUAUCAAAUUGCAUUUGUCGAGAUUAGGAAUAUUGCGAGGUACAUAGUACAAGGCAAAUCUGGCACAAAAAAAUUAUUCUUUUCUUUUGUUUUGGUUUUUUUGAAUGUACGUCGACAAAGUUUUUCAAAUUCUCGGCAUAAAGUUUAUGUAAACGUAUGAUUUUAUUAGAGCGGAUAAAUAUAAUAAGUAGAGAGAAAUGAGUUGGCGAAAGCCAGUUUAUAUAAAAUUUUUGUAUUAUUCAAUUGAAACCUUGCCGGCCCGCUUACUCUUUGCAAGAUCUGCAUUUAGAAUUACGAAAGGUGUAAGCGUCAGUCUGAUCGUUGUAAGUAGCUAAGUUCUAAAUCAUGUUACAUAGUUGUCAUCGUGCGCUGCAACUAAGGAUUCCUCGAUUGCUCUCGAAUCUAUCGAGUAUUUUCAAUUAAGAAACUUGUACGUCUACUUACAAUUUAUAAAGUUAAUGUUUCGAACAUUAUCAGUUAUGUAAUUACAUGUUAAAUCUAUAUUUUGUCGGUUUAUUUUUAUUUUUUCCGUUAAUUCUAAAACUAUAAUAUAACAUGCACACGUAUUGAAAAAGAAAUUGGUGCACUUGUAAUCAACAUACAUGUAUGAGGUGAAAAAAAAGCACUGUAGUUAAAGACUUAUUUAUUAUAAGAUAAUUAUGAUAUUUUCAAUCAUAAUAUUAUUUAUCGGAGAUAACGAUCAUAUAUGUAUAUUCAAGUGGAACUACAAUUAAUCCUUUUUCUUUUCAUAAACUUGUUCUAGUUUUGGAACAAGAAUUAACGAAAGCUUUUGUAUAUAAGCGAACAAUUGAGUGUGCUUGGAUCAUGGAAAUUCGAAAUUGAGCUUAUAUAUAUAUAUAGCAAACAUUUACUAAAGUAUUAAACGUAUAAAGGUAUUUUUAUCAUCUUAAUUUGAUUGUAAUCGACUACUCAUGCUUCCGAAGAAUCCUUCUUGAUGCACGAUGACGCUGCGCGCAGAAUUGUGUUAAAUAGCGAUGCGAAUAAGAGUAAAAGCAUGAUGUCCUUAAAGAUAUAAGACGUGAAAGAAACAGAAUAAGAAUAUUAUUUGCAACUAUUAUUUUUCUAUGGCUCAUACGGAGUCCAACUCAUACAGAUAAUUAUAUACAUACAUACACACAUAAAUACAAACACGUAACUUGAGAUUUACAUAACUGGUAAGCAGACCUCCAAUAGGCUAUCACAGGAAAUGCAAAGUAAAAUAAAAAGAAUAGGACUAUAAAACGAAGUAAGCGAAUAGAAGAUAAUACGGUGGUGAGGAAAUUUAACUUUUAAGUUUUCAUGCCUAGCGCAUGCGAGAAAGAAUACAUAAUGUACGUGAGAAUGAAUUUUUUUUUGUACAGCAGAUAUUGUGAUUCCCGAUGCUGAAUAAUACUGGAAUGAUGAAAUAACA